CUUGAGGUCAUAAAACAAGUUUUACACCUUGCUCUGCUCACUGAUGGCUCGAUAAGCAACUCCCCCGCUCUCUAUGACAGCACCCCUUUCCCUACUCUGCCUCCUCCUUGAGUAUUUCAGCUAACAGUCUCAUAUAGUCAUGUAAUGGUUUAGCCUUUCUGUCCUUUGCAGAGAGUAUUCUCUAAAAGCCUCCUCGGUGGUCUCAUUUAAUUUUUUUUUUUCGACAAAGUUAAAAAGACAUUUUCUAUGUGAUCUGCCUCGGGGUCAUCUGGUGACUCUGGGAACAGGGUCUUGUAUACCAGAUGAAUAACCCUGUUAUCUUCCAGCAACAGCUUAUCAAGAAGUCGCAGCAGAAGAGGAGGACGUCCCCGGCCAACUACAAGUCCAGGAUCUUUAUCCUGACCAGCACUUCACUCAACUACUAUGAGCAUCGGCAAGGGAAAAUACGUGCUCUCCGUGGCUCCAUUGAUUUGGCUCGGAUUAAAUGUGUUGAGAUUGUGACAACUGAUCUCAGCAUUGCUUGCAGGAACAAAUACCCUUUCCAGGUUAUCCAUGAUUAUUUUCUCUAUGUCUUUGCUCCGGACAGAGAGAGUCGACAGAAGUGGGUGCAGGCGCUGAAAGAAGAGACCAAAGAUAAUGGCUUUCUCAUGGCUAAAUAUCACUCCAACUUCUGGAUGGAAGGGAGGUGGAGAUGUUGCUUCCAGACAGAGAAAAUGGCCACCGGCUGUGCCUUGUAUGACCGGAGCAAAGAUGCCUCAAAGAAGCCUCUUCCCCCCACACCCAAUGACAACACGGUGAGCCAGGGGAGCCAAAGCUGGGAGGUGGCGCUGUAUAAUUACAGAGCACAAAGCAGCCAGGAGCUGACACUAUGUAGAGGGGAAGAGUAUAUGCCGCUGGAUACUUCAGAGCCUCAUUGGUGGAAAGUUCGGGACAAGAAUGGGCAUGUGGGACAUGUACCCAGCAGUUACCUGGCCAAGAAGACAGAAGACAGCCUAUUGGCUUAUGAUUGGUACAACAGAAACGUUAGCAGGAACUUAGCAGUAAAAUUAUUGACAGACAAUGGUAAAGAAGGGGCCUUUAUGGUUCGAGACUCAAGGCAGUCAGGGUUGUAUACUGUUUCCAUCUUCACCAAAGCUCUGGGCGAGAACAACCAUGCAGUGAAACAUUACCAUAUCCGCCAGACAAGUGACUUCCCAGCCAAAUAUUAUCUGGCAGAGAAGCACAUCUUCAGCUCUAUCCCUGAUCUCAUUAAAUACCACCAGCACAACGGAGCAGGUACGUAUGUGUCUUUCUGUAUCAUCACACACAUCUUAUACACAAACAUAUAUGACCAAAGGUCUCAAAGGAGAGCCCUUAGUUCCCUUGCUGUUUGUAUGAUUGUUUCAGGCCUGGUGACCCGUCUUCGCUAUCCUGUGUGUUCCUGGAAGGAAACUGCUCCUGUAACUGCCGGGCUCAGCUAUGGCAAAUGGGAAAUUGACCCCACACAGCUGACACUCAUACAAGAGAUUGGCAGCGGCCAGUUCGGGGUUGUACACCUGGCAAAAUGGCAGGGCAUAACCAAGGUGGCAGUAAAGAUGAUUCGAGAAAGGAUGAUGUCUGAGGAGGAUUUUGUGGAGGAAGCACAGGUGCUUAUGAAACUUUCGCACCCUAAAUUGGUGCAGUUCCUAGGAGUUUGCACCCAACAGAUACCCAUUUUCUUAGUGUUUGAAUUCAUGGAAAAUGGCUGCCUGUAUGAAUACCUGCGCAAUCAUCGAGGGAAGAUCUCCAAGGAAACAGCUUUAGGGAUGUGCCAAGAUGUGUGUGAGGGAAUGGAGUAUUUGGAAAUGUCCAAUUUUAUUCACAGGGACUUGGCUGCUCGCAACUGCCUGGUGGGGGAAUCAUUGGUUGUCAAGGUUUCAGAUUUUGGGAUGACCAGGUUUGUUCUGGAUGAUCAGUACACCAGCUCCACUGGCACCAAAUUCCCUGUUAAAUGGUCGGCUCCAGAAGUUUUCCGUUUUGGACUUUACAGUAGCAAAUCUGAUGUGUGGUCAUUUGGAGUGUUGGUGUGGGAGGUGUUCAGCGAGGGUAAGAUACCGUUUGAACAUCUUUCUAAUUCCGAAGCUGUGGAGAAAAUCUCAGCUGGACUGAGGCUCUUUAAACCCAAGAUGUCUUCUGAAAGGGUGUACAAGAUGAUGAACAACUGCUGGCAAGAGAAAACUGAUAUACGCCCGACAUUCCACCAACUUCUAAGAGAGAUCAUGGACAUUCUAGAAUGUGACAUGUGACCUGCUGGCCAUGAUGGGAGAUAUGACAUAUCCAUUGUCCAGUGGCUGGUAAACAGCCAUUGAUGGGGAAAGCUGGACUCUGGGAGUCAAAGCAGAACUGUCAGGCACCCCACAUUAAAGGACACCAGUGCUUACA